GGUCAGUUGACAUCUGGUAGCACUUAUACCGUUUCUAAUUUAUUUUAUUACAGAGUGAAAUUGAAGAAAGAGUUCCUGGGAAGAGAAGAAUGCUGAGAAAUCAUAAUUGCACAAUAACCUUGUGCAUGUUGUGUGGGAGGGACUGUCUUUAAAAGGGAGAGUGCAGGGCGCUGUAUUCUCACAACCAACAGACUACAGCUUUUUCAUCUCUUCACUAGUGUUGCUCUGCACCAUACUGGCUCAGAAAGAUGAAACUCACAGUAUCAGCUUUCGUGCUUUUGAUCUGCACAGUUGCGUUGCUUUCCACAACAGAGGUUAGACCUGUACGCCCACAGAUAUGUUGCAACUGCCCCUAUAUGCAUUCAGCCCCAGCAAUUCCAGCGAAUAAAAUACUCUCAUUGAGGUUUAUUCCUGCUGGAGCAUAUUGUAAAAGAGAGGCGAUCAUUGCCAAAAUGAAGAAAAGAGAGAUGUGUCUUGAUCCUUCGAAAGACUGGGUUAUUUCUCUCAAAGAAGAAAUCAACAAGAGAAACAUCAAGAGUCAACAAUGAAUGAAUAUCACGGUUCAAAGAGCGACUGAAGAAACUGAUUCAACUACUACUGUAAUAUAGAAUUUUGUAAUAUCUGGGUGAUACUUUAAGUAUCGAUUGUAAAAAUGUGCUACCACCUGUUUAUUAAAAGUGAACUUACAUGAACUUCAUUAUAUCUUAUGAAAUUAUAUUGAUUGUUAUUGUCUGAAUUGCAGAGGCAGACAAAGUACACAACUUCAUUACUUGAGUGAAGUAUAGAUACUACUGGUCAAAUGCUACUCCACUACAAGUGAAAGUUGUAAAGAGAAGCUUUUUACUUGAAAGUACAUGCUUUUAAAUAAACAUACAUAAGUAUCAAAAAUAAAAAGUAAAUUCAUUGUUCUCAAAAUUCAUCUUUCUACUUAGGGACCUUGAAAUAAAUGUAGCAGAGUAAAAAGUAUGAUAUUUGUCUUUCAAAUGUAGUGAAGUUGAAGUAGCAAGUUUCUGUAAAAAAUUAUACUCAAGUAAGGUUAGGGUUAGGGUUA